UGUCAAGGAGAGCACGGUUGUGAAUUAUAUAGCUGGGACACUGUUAGACUAAAGGGAUGCUAGUGCAUGAAUGGGACGUAUAAUUUAUCGAAGCAAGCCGUGAACAUUUCAGCAUAAGUCACAACUACAGAGUAAAAAAAAUGUCACAAUACUCCCAGCGCAUGGGAAGACUUGCUGCCAGGAUAUUUGGUGAUGUUACUAGACAAACAAAUGCCAGGUCCAAAAAAGUGGAGAGGAUGUUCAGAGAUAAACCCUAUCAUUUACGUCCAGAGGUUGUUGACUACUAUCCAAACUACAAAGUCAUCAACAGGCUAGAAUUCAAGCUUCGGGCAUUUGGAAUGUUCAGAGACCCCCACUUAAAUGUUAAAAAUGAAUUUGAGAGGAUGAGUUUUCUUGAGGGCAAAGUCAAACCAGAGAAAGGUAAAGGAAGACGGGCCACGCGCAGAUAAGCAGAUGUGUGAUGAAUGGACAGUAAAUGAAGAAAACAAAACAAAAAUGUUUGCAAAAUGGAAAACUCUUGUUGUUUGAAGCAUUUAUUUAUUAUUUGAACACUUUUAAAAGCACCUUCGCUUGGAAAUAAUUUCAAGUUUGGUAUGCCUAUUGAAAAACACAGCAGUUAGAAUCAGUUUUUGUAUUGAGGUGAAAUAUGAAUAUGAAGCUUUUACCUUUUUUUUAAAUCUUGAACCUUCUCUUAUUCUGAUAUCAUGCAACAUAUACCGAUUCUUUUAAAUUACUUAUAUGCAGUAUACUGGUGUUCUAUGGUGUUCUAUUAUGACUGCGAUAUAUGACCUGAAGUUUUCUGUAAAAUUAAGUUGAGUGCAUUUACCAGAGCGAAAGUGAUCUAAUGUAACUGUUUGUGUAUAACAUUUGAGGAUUAAAUGAAUGGUGAAUA